AUGCAUUUCAGCAAGCCAGCUCUCGUCGCUGCUUCCUUCUUAUGGGCUACCACUUUUGCCUCUCCCAUUAACUCUCCAGCCAUACUAAGAACUAGAGGACUCAUCGGUGGCUCCACGACCGAUAACAAUACCAAAAGUACUGCAGGAAGUACCACUACCGACAAUGCUGUAGGAAAUGACAAUACGAAAAAUGCUUCAGAAAGUAAUGCUGUCGAGGAUGCUAUAGGAAAUCUGAAUUUGAAAGAUAUUACAGGAGGUCUUAGUGCCCGCGAUGUUGAAAGGCUUCAUCAUGGCCACAAGAGUCAAGAAGGCGAGAUUGUCGACGAUGCACUUGAUAUCGCCGACGAUGCUACACCUGGUGGCUUUAUUGACCAUGUUAAAAAGCGUGGCAUUGUCGGCGAUGGUGCGGGAGGUCCUAUUGCCCGCGAUGUUCUUAGGCGUCAUCAUGGCCACAGGAAUAAAGGAAAUGGCACAUCCGGCGGUGCAGUUGAUACUACCAAAGAUGCCACAGGAGGUCAUGAUACGAGCGAUGCUGCAAACAGUAUUGUCAGCGAUACUACAGGAGGUAUCCUUGGUGGUAUUGGAAAGCGUGAUGAUGUCAGCGACGAUUCAGUAGACCAUGCUGCUCGCGGUAACGCGAAAGAUGCUGUGAAAGAUUCUACAGGAGGGACUGGAUUUCUUACUGGUAUUUUGAGGCGUCUUGUUCUCCGCGAUAAUGACGGCGCUGUACACGAUGCCAAUCAAGCCGCACACGAUGCCAACCAAGCUGUACACGAUGCCAACAAAGCUGUACAUGAUGCCAACCAGAUUGUACAUGGUACCCUGCAUGGAUUGCUCAGUGGGAUCCUACGCUGA